AGGUUCUUCAUAGCCCUCGCCUCAUGCUUGUUGAUGGGCAAACAACCAAAACCAAUACACCAAGUAUCUCUAAGUGAAGAAAGAUGCGAUCUUUUGCUGUUGUGUGUUUCUGAGACUCGUGAACUUUUACUUACUUCCUAAUGAAAGGCUUCUGGCGACCCUUUGCUAGGCUUGGGGGUGCUAGGAGCUAUUCAGUGUUAAGCAAUGAUCAACUGAGAAUUAACGGGGUUAAAGAUGUAAUUGCUGUUGCUUCUGGUAAAGGUGGUGUAGGCAAGUCUACCACCGCAGUUAAUUUGGCGGUUGCAUUAGCUAACAAGUGCGGAUUGAAAGUGGGCGUGCUUGAUGCAGAUGUGUAUGGACCAUCUGUUCCAACCAUGAUGAACAUCCACCAAAAGCCAGAAGUUAAUAAUGAUAUGAAGAUGAUUCCUAUUGAAAACUAUGGAGUGAAGUGUAUGUCAAUGGGAUUCCUGGUGGAUAAGGAUGCACCAAUUGUCUGGAGAGGCCCCAUGGUGAUGAGUGCUCUUCAGAAAAUGUCGAGGGAAGUUGCUUGGGGAGUUCUUGAUAUCCUUGUGGUGGAUAUGCCCCCUGGCACAGGUGAUGCACAACUAACUAUGUCCCAGAAGCUUCAGUUGUCAGGUGCUUUAAUAGUUUCAACCCCACAAGAUGUUGCACUGAUUGAUGCUCGUAGAGGAGUUAGAAUGUUCUCUAAAGUUCAAGUUCCUAUUUUGGGAUUAAUAGAGAACAUGAGCUGCUUCAAGUGUCCACACUGUGGUGAACCUUCGUUCAUCUUUGGUGCUGGUGGAGCCCGUAAAACAGCAGCUGAGAUGGGUUUGCAACUUGUUGGUGAGAUACCCAUUGAAUUGGACAUUAGGAAAGGCUGUGACAAAGGCAUGCCGAUAGUGGUAUCAGCACCUGAUUCCGCUGUCUCCAAGGCUUACCAUGAUGUAGCUCAAACUGUUGUCAUGAGACUUGAGGAUCUGGCAAAGGCAUGAAAAUACUCUUGAGGUUGGUCAGUGAAGUUUGCUUGUGCCAACCAUCUUCAUUCCCGUGUUUUCGUGGUGGUGCUUUGUUCAUCCUGAUAUAAAUAAUUUUUAAGUUUGAGCAUUUUUGGUCAUGCGAUGACAAUAUUAAGCAUUUGGGACCAUAGUGAUUAAAAUACUUAUUUGAUGAAUUGCACACUCAGACCAGUUUAGCUAGGAGCAUGCGAUUUACAGUCUGCAUUUCUGCACCGCAGAUGGAAGGGAUGAGCCCUUGAUCUGUACAUUUUUAUCUGGUCUGUCUUUACAUGGAUGCUGGACACGGUUUCUUGAUUGUUUCAUGUAAAUGUACUAUCCUGAAAUUAGAUGACACUGAAAUGAUUUAAAUCUUCGAAAUUGGAAAUAAUCCAAGAACCUUCCAACCAGAAACAUAGGUUGGGUGUUGCAACA